UGUAGGCCCUGCUCAGGCUCCUGUGGACACACUGCUGGGGACAGCACCUCUGCUCUUGGGGAAGCCAGUGCACCACCAUGCCCCGGGGAUUCACCUGGCUGCGCUAUCUUGGGAUCCUCCUUGGUGUGGCCUUGGGGAAUGAGGGUUUGGAGGUGUGGCCCUUGACCCAGAAUAAGGAGUGCACCGUCACAGGCUUCCUUCGGGACAAGCUGCAGUACAGGAACCGGCUUCAGUACAUGAAACACUACUUCCCCAUCAACUACAGGAUCGGCGUGCCUUACGAGGGGGUGCUCAGGAUCGCCAACAUCACCAGGCUGCAGAAGGCGCGGGUGAGCRAGCAGGAGCAGCGGUAUCUGUGGGUCUUGGUGAGUCUCAGUGCCACCGAGKCGGUGCAGGAGGUGCUGCUCGAGGGCCACCCGUCCUGGAAGUACAUGCAGGAGGUUCAGACGCUGCUGCUCAACAUCAAACAGGGCCUCCCGGUUGUGGAGAUCAGCCCCAAGGUGGAAGAGGUGUUGUCCCUCCUGAAUGUGCCAGGUCGGAGCCUGAAGCUGGUGCGGCCCAAAGCCCUGAUGGACAACUGCUUCCGGGUCAUGGAGCUGCUGUACUGCUCUUGCUGUAAACACAGCUCCAUCCUGAAAUGGCAGGAGUGCGAGGUGCCAAGUCCUCAGCCCCAUGCCUGGCAGUGUGAGGCCGCCCGGCUGUACCCCCCUCCCCAGCAGACCCCCACCUCCCUGCCCCACUCCCCUGGCUCAAGCACUGGACCCCAGGUCAGGGCACAGGGCGAGGACCCCUUGCCCUGAUGGGCCUGGGUGCUGACCCUGGGUGGGGACACCUGAGGACUUCCGGGAGCUGGACUAGGCCCGAGACUUUGCUGUGUGAUGGGGGUCCCCGCCUUGGGAGAGGCCCUUGGGGAAGGUGUUUUUCCCUCCGGGGGAUUCUGUGCCACCGUGGGGCUCAGCUUCCCACCUUUCAUACCUUACUUGCUCUCACUUGGAGGGGUGGGGGUCAGGGAGACCCGGUGCCACCCCCUUGGCCUCCGCUGCCUGCAGGCGGUGCUGCAGUCUCCUGGGGCCAUAGCAGCCAGAGCAUCCCUGGGCAGGGCCGGGGCCCACGUGGGAUUCUGGGACCCACACGGAGGCUUUCCAGCUGGACUGAUGGGGAGGGCUGUCCAAGGGCAGAGCCACAUGCCACAUCUUGCCACAGUGGAUGCUCUUCCAGAUCCUUUUUUUCUAUUAA